AUGCCCUCCGGCCAAGGCGACUAUGUCAACAUCGCCGAGGGCAAAUCCGAGACUCACGAGCGGACGCCGUGGUAUUGGCGCUCCAUCGCGCUUGCGGCAUCCUGGAUGAUCCUGGGGGGCUACCUCAUUCUGCCCGGCCUGUAUGCCCGAAACCCCGAUCUCAAGAUCAGUCAAGCUGUAUUGUCAGUCUUUGUUGUCGCGCUCCUGACUGCAGGAUACUCCUUUACGGCGCUGCUAUGCUUUGCGUGCCACAACGAUGAGUUUCAGGCGGAGAGUGUCUUCUUGCCAGCCCUCGCCUCGUCCGUCUUCGGACUCGCUACGCUUCUCUACAAUUUUCUUGUUUCGCGCAGCUAUGAGUGGGGCAGAGCUGCGGUGAGCGCCACCGUCACCAGCGGCGCCGGAACCAUACUCUAUGCUGCCUUGCUUUUCUGGAAACGCCGCCGUAUUGCCAGGGUGCGCAAAGGAGCCACACAACGUUCGAACCUCUACUCCGAGCAGUCCUACUACGAGAACUACAUCCCGAACAUGUACCCAUCGGCCGUUCGCACGGCAUCGCAGCCGCCCCUAGCCCCAGUAAACGAAGACGACCCUGUCAACCAACAAAUGGCGCUGUUGAUGCUGCGAGACGCAAGGCCGAGCCCAGACGCGAACAGCUCCACCUUUCGAAUAGACCUACCGGAGGAUAGAGAAGAACUGGAGAGAUUUGAGAGAAGCCAGGAGUUGGUUGGUACACCACAGCAGUCACAUAACGCGGUUUGGACUCGCGAUCGAGCAAACAGUAGACCGGAUAGCUUGAGUGAGAGCCAAGCCUGGCAACAGUGGCACGGCCGAGGUCGGACGCAACACCGCCCUUCAAGCAGCGACCUGCGAAGCAAUCACUCAAGAGGCUUGAGUAGAGAAGAGCGGAGACGCGAAAUCGAGCUUGGUCGUCUUUGA